AUGAAGGUGUUUAUGGAUCACCCAGAAGACAACGAGAUAUUAUCAUCAUCACAAAAGGGGAUGGAACAUUUUUUUGGUGAAGGAAUUAGCCACGUUGAGGCAAAAGAUUAUGAUUAUCGAGGGCGUGGACAAUGUCCUGGAGUUUUUACAGUUCAACCGAGUCUGGAUACCUAUGACAAGGGGAAAGACGAAGCAGAAGAAGAGACAGAUAAUGGAGAGCACCAGUACAAAAUAGGAGGAGAUAAUGUAUUUGCAUCUGGGCCGAUCAAUCCUCCACCGGAUUUGUAUACGUAUGUAGAGGGUGGUGGACUUUCUGGAAUAGACGCCACAUAUAUAUGCCGCUGCAACUCUAGACCAGAAAAAGGCAAUUCUAUGAGAUCACCCACAAAAUUUCUUCCUAAAUUGAAAGCAAUAAAUGGCUGCUUCUGCUCGAAUUUCGUUUUGUUUUCUCAGCAGCUCAGAAAUUGUUCCUUGAGCUUAAACCAAACAUUUAUUCCAAAGACAACCUUGUGA